AUGGCGCCUGUUUCUUCAAAUUGUCAGGCGUGUUUCUAUUCGGCACACCAUUCAGAUUCUGAGGCGUUAGCUAAACACGCGGGUGCGCCGGACACACACGCGAUUCGCUCUCCUAGACGCACCUAUCCUCUCUUUCGCAUGCACAUACAUAUAUUCUUGUUCCUUCCUAUUUUAAUAUCUUUCUUCCCUCUAUCUCCUCUCUCUCUCUAUCUAUCUAUCUAUCUCUCUAUCUAUCCCUCUCUCUCUAAUCUUUUUCUCUUUUUCUAUCUUUUUCUCCCCCACUGUCUUUCUCUUUCUUUAUUUUUCAUACCGUUCCAUCAAUCUUUCUCUCAUUAUAUUUAUCUUUCUUUCUCUCUCUCUUUUCUUCUCCGUUGCUUGUCAAUAUAUUCUCUCUUUUUCACUUCCGUUUCCUCUAUUUUCCCUCCAUAUCUUCCUUUUAAUAUUACUCUCUUCCCCUCUUUUUCUUUUAUUUUGUUUCUUCCUCUCUCUCUCUCUCUCUCUCUCUCUCUCUCUCUUUGUCACUAUCAGAGUUCAUUUCCUUCUUUCUAUAUCCCUGUCAUUCUUUCAAUCUAUCUGUCUCUUUUCUCUUCUCGUAUCCAUUUAUUUUCCAUUGUCUUUCAUCCAUUUCUUUCAGCCUCUUCUUUCCUCUCUCUCUCUCCAUGUUUCUUUCUUUCUCUAUCCGUAUCAUUCACUCUAUCACUUUCUUCCCCUUUCCACUCAUCUGUCUGUCACUGUCUUUACUCUUUCACUCUCUUACCUCCCACUUUCUAUUUGUCUCUAUCUCUUUCUUUCUCUCUCGCAUUCAUUCUUUGUCCCUUUCUCAGUUAUUCUAUCAAUUCCUUCUUUUCUUUCUGUCACUCUCCUCUUUUGUCUUUUUCACACUUUCUUUCACUCCGUUCUCUUUUAAAAGACCUUUUACAUCAUUUUUCGGUCCUUCUCUCUUCUUCGUCUUCUUCUUUCUUCUUCUUCUCUAUCAUUUUACGCCCCAUUUAUUAA